AUGGAAACCCACAAUAUGAUGUCCUUCUCCAUACUCCUCCUUUCGGUCAUCCAACUCCUCUCUAAUUUCCACCCUGUCACAUGUGCUUACAACCAUUCCAAAGCUGACGAUUCUAGUCAGCUACGGGUCUACAUAGUUCAUGUACUACCCCCUUCAAAGGCUCCCAAUGCCGACCCCACUGGUCUCGAAAGCUACUACAAAUCCUUCUUGCCGGACUCUAUUUCUGAGUCGGCUGAGACGCGGCUGAUCUACUGCUACUCGGAAGUGCUCAGCGGUUUCGCUGCAAAGCUAACCGAGGUGGAGGCGAAGAGCAUGGCCAAGAAGCCUGGCUUUCUGCGUGCCUAUCCGGACAGGCUCAUACCGCUACUCACCACCCACACGCCCGACUUCCUUGGCCUUCAUCAAGGGAGGGGGCUAUGGCAAACUUCUGGCCUUGGCAAGGGGGUAAUUAUUGGAAUUUUGGACACUGGACUCCACGCCACACAUCCUUCAUUCAAUGAUGAUGGAAUGCCGCCUCCCCCUUCCAAAUGGAAGGGGUCGUGCGAAUUCCCCGCUGGUUGCAAUAACAAGCUCAUCGGCGCCAAGUCCUUCCCCAAUUCUGGAGUGGGUGCCCCAGACGAUGAAGUUGGGCAUGGCACUCACACUGCAAGCACUGCUGCGGGAAACUUUGUGCAGAAAGUUGAAUCUUUUGGGCUCGCAAGCGGGACGUCAGCGGGAAUGGCACCUCAUGCACAUCUGGCCAUCUACCAGGUGUGCAAGGAAGACGGCUGCUCCGGUUCUGAUAUUCUAGCCGGGCUAGAUGCAGCCGUAAAAGAUGGUGUCGAUGUGCUCUCGCUCUCUCUUGGUGCAACUUCUAUGCCUUUUAACGUUGACCCCAUUGCCAUCGGCUCCUUUGGUGCCGCUGAAAAAGGGAUUCUUGUCGUUUGUGCUGCUGGUAAUGAUGGCGUUGCUAGCUCAGUUACAAACGAGGCCCCAUGGAUACUCACCGUGGGCGCCAGUUCCGUGGACAGAAACUUCCGAUCCGUUGUGACGCUUGGUAAUGGAGAGCAACUCUAUGGUGAGUCUCUUAAUCAACCUAAAAGCUUCAAACCCUCCUCGCUUCCUCUAGUCUACCCCAACGAUGGCACCUGCUUCACUGUGGAUGCCAAUAUUACUGGCAAGGUCGCGGUGUGCGAUGCUGCUGGAGAUGAACAAGAGAUAGCUGAAGGCAUCAAGAUUGCAGGUGGGGCUGCGGUGAUAUUCCUCAACCCUCAGCUUGCUGACUAUUCCAUUGUUCUUCGAGAUAUCGAAUUCCCUUCGUCCAAAAUGACCUAUGAAGAUGCCUCCAAGAUUAAAAAAUAUGUGAAUACAACAAGGAAGCCAACUGCCUCUAUCACCUUCGAUGGUACGGUUCUUGGAGUAUCCCCGGCUCCCGUGGUUGCCUACUUCUCUUCCAGGGGACCGAGCACGGUGACCCCGGGCAUUCUAAAGCCCGACAUCUCGGGACCGGGCGUUAACAUCAUGGCUGCUUGGCCUGUCCAGGUGGGAUCUGGGAAAAAUGGUGCAAAGACCUUCAACAUUAUUUCUGGUACCUCCAUGGCAACCCCUCACUUGAGUGGCAUUGCAGCACUGAUCAAGAGUGCACACCCGGAUUGGUCGCCAGCUGCGAUCAAGUCUGCUAUCAUGACAACUUCUGAUGUUGCGAGCAAUAAUAGGAAGCCGAUCCUGGAUGAGAAACACUUACCAGCGAGCUUCUUUGCAAUGGGUGCCGGCCAUGUGAACCCAUCAAAGGCUGCUGAUCCAGGGCUGAUUUAUGACCUGGAUGUCGAUGAUUAUAUUCGGUACCUCUGUGGCUUGUUAAGCGGCAAUGUGGGUGAGAUUGUUCGCCGGAAUAUUAGCUGUUCUAAGUUUGGGAGCAUUUCUGAAGCUGAGCUUAACUACCCAUCCAUGGUACUGCCUCCCGGAUCUACAGUGAACCGAACAGUGACCAAUGUUGGGAAGGCAAAUGAUGUAUACAAAGUCGAGGUGGAAGCACCGAAGGGCGCAAAAGUUACCGUCACUCCACCGAUCCUUGAGUUUUCAAAGGUGAAAGAAAAGAAGACCUUCACCGUGCGUGUGAUUGGUGGGCAGAGUGGUGCGGAGGGGAAUUUGAGGUGGGUUUCUCGUGGGCAUGUUGUUAGAAGCCCCAUUGUCAUCGCUGGCGGUUCAUAA